AACAAGUGUGUCAUAUCAUAGGGAUUCCUUGGUCAUGGCGGAUCAGCUGCUGAGCCUGAGAGCGUGGUUUUGGGACAGAAAUUUCUGGUUACCAGAAUAUUCCACUUGGGAGAGCUUAGAGGAAGCGAAAAAGCAUAAGUGGGUCCAAAAUGGCGAGCUUUUUCUAUGCUUUCCCUUUGCUGUGGUGUUGAUCGCUCUACGAUUUCUCUUCGAGAGAUUCAUUGCAACACCUUUGGCAGGCUACCUUGGUGUAACAGAAGAACCUAUAGUUUUUGUAGAAAAUACAUUUUGUGAGAAGGUUUACCAAACAAUCAGCAAAUGCCCUAACGCUGAACGAGUAGAGGGACUGUCAAAACAACUUGGCUGGACUCCACGUGAAGUGAAAAGAUGGUUCAAAAAUCGCCGACAGCAAUCAAAACCAUCCAUUAUGAGGAAGGCUACUGAAAGCAGUUGGAGAUUUUUGUUCUAUUUGGCGACAUCCAUUUAUGGGAUAGUUAUAUUAUACAAGGAACCUUGGCUUUGGGAUCUGCGACUCUGUUUUGUUGGUUUUGGAGAACAGCCUCUUACAGAUGCAAUAUUUUUCUAUUAUGUGGUUGAAAUAGCCUUCUACAUGUCCCUUCUCGUUUCAUUUUUUGUGGAUGUCAAAAGAAAGGAUUUUUGGCAAAUGGCUAUCCACCAUGUAGUUACAAUCAUGUUGACAGUAUGUUCAUACUCAAGUGGUUUCUUUCGUAUCGGUAGCGUGAUAAUGCUUUUGCAUGACUUGGCUGAUAUUUUUCUGGAGUCAGCAAAAGUGUUUAAUUACGCCAAGUGGGAAGCUACAACUAACUUAAUAUUUGUGUUAUUUGCUGUGAUAUUCAAUGUUACAAGGCUGGUUUAUUAUCCAUUCUGGGUUUUGCAUGUUGUAUACCACUGUCAAGAGUAUGUGGGUCCUUUUAAAGCAUGGUCAUGGUUCUUUGGUUUGUUGUCAUGUCUGCAGGUUCUACAUGUUAUUUGGUCAUAUAAAGUUGCUGAGGUGGCCAUGCAGUUUUUGAUUAAGGGAACGGUGGAAAAAGACACACGUAGUGAUGAUGAACUGUCAGGUCCAGAGGAUGAGAGGCCUGACGCAAACCAUACAGAUGGCAAUAUGGUGGACAACAAAAAGAAGCAUUGACCAAAAAAAUUUUGAAACCAGAGCUAAAUUGUAGGAGUUCCAGUAGUCUUAUGUUCUCCUUUUUAAUGUGCUAAUGUUUAACGACAAUUGCAAAAUUAGUUGCCAAAGAAUGAGAGCCAUUUCCAACAAGUCAUUCUGAUUCAGUAAUUUACACGUACCUUGAGUGUGUUGAACAGUUUCUUUCUUUUAAAUGUGUCUUUUUACAAUUUUCAAUUUUACAAAUUUUCUGAAGUGUUUUUGUUUAGGAGGACAAUUUAUGGCCUAAUUUUCAUGUUCAAAUGUUGAAUGUUGUCAAGUAGUUUUACUAUCUUCCAUCUUAGUUCCCUAUUUACCAGAGGCUACUGCUCGCUAUCCACUGUUUGAUGAUUUUUGUAUUAGCGAAUAGAUGAUUCUCAGACUUAGCUACUAUUCACUUACUGUGCCGAUGUAACUUUAUUGUUUAGUAUUUCACUAUUUGAGAAUUUGACUUAAGUUUGAAUUUUUUCCAUAUGUUUCAAAGCUAUUUAAUAAACACUUGUGAAUGACAAUAAGACACA